CGGCCGGCGCGCGCGCGGAGUGCGCGAGGGGGAGCGCGCGGGCGGCCAGGCGCCGGGUCGCCGGAGGUGAAGCGUGGCUGGGAUGGCGGCGCGGGCCUGGCAGGCGCCGCCGCUGCUGCUCGCGCUCUCGGUGCUUCUGGCGCUGGGCCCCACCACCGCGGUGGCCAAGCUCAACAUCCCCAAGGUGCUGCUGCCCUUCACGAGGGCCACGCGCGUGAACUUCACACUGGAGGCCUCGGAGGGCUGCUACCGCUGGUCAUCCACCCGGCCCGAGGUGGCCAGCAUCGAGCCGCUGGGCCCGGCCGAGCAGCAGUGCUCCCAGCAGGCGGUGGUGCAGGCCCGCCUCACCCAGCCCGCCCGCCUGACCAGCAUCAUCUUCGCCGAGGACAUCACCUCGGGCCAGGUGCUGCGCUGCGAUGCCAUUGUCGACCUCAUCCAUGGCAUUCAGAUCGUCUCCACCACCCGUGAGCUCUACCUGGAAGACUCACCCUUGGAGCUGAAGAUCCAGGCUCUAGACUCUGAAGGGAACACCUUCAGCACCCUGGCUGGACUGGUCUUUGACUGGACAAUUGUGAAGGACACAGAGGCAGACAGGUUCUCAGACUCCCACAAUGCACUGCGAAUCCUCACUUUCCUGGAGUCUACGUACAUACCUCCCUCUUACAUCUCUGAGAUGGAGAAGGCAGCCAAGCAGGGCGACACCAUCCUGGUGUCUGGGAUGAAGACGGGUAGCUCCAAGCUCAAGGCUCGCAUCCAGGAGGCUGUCUACAAGAGUGUGCGCCCUGCGGAGGUCAGGCUGCUGAUUUUGGAGAACAUCCUUCUGAAUCCAGCAUACGAUGUCUACCUGCUCGUGGGGACUGCCAUUCGCUACAAGGUGCAGAAGAUCAGGCAGGGGAAGAUCGCAGAACUCUCCAUGCCUUCCGACCAGUACGAGCUGCAGCUUCAGAAUAGCAUCCCGGGCCCAGAAGGAGACCCAGCCCAGCCUGUGGCUGUCCUGGCUGAGGACACGUCGAUGGUCACUGCAGUGCAGCUUGGUCAGAGCAACCUCAUCCUUGGCCACAAGAGUUUUCGCAUGCAGGGUGCUUCUAGGUUACCCAACAGCACUAUCUACGUGGUUGAACCCGGAUACCUGGGGUUCACAGUCCACCCUGGUGACAGAUGGGUGCUCGAGACUGGCUGCCUGUACGAAAUCACCAUCGAAGUCUUUGACAAGUCUAGCAACAAGGUCUACCUGUCAGACAACAUCCGAAUCAAAGUGGUGCUUCCUCCUGAGUUCUUUGAGGUACUCUCGUCUUCCCAGAAUGGGUCGUACCAUCACGUCAGGACAGUGAAGAGGGGCCAGACAGCCAUCGACGCCACUCUCACAGCUGUGGUGGACCAGGACGGAGGGGUCCACACGCUACGUGUGCCCGUGUGGAACCAGCAGGAGGUGGAAAUUCACAUUCCCAUCACUCUCUAUCCCAGCAUCUUGACAUUUCCAUGGCAACCAAAGACAGGUGCCUAUCAGUAUACAAUAAAGGCCCACGGCGGCAGCGGGAACUUCAGCUGGUCUUCGUCAAGCUACACGGUUGCCACGGUCACUGUCAAGGGCGUGAUGACCACAGGCAGUGACACUGGCCUCAGCGUGAUCCAGGCACACGACGUGCAGAACCCGCUCCACUUUGGCGAGAUGAAGGUGUGUGUGAUUGAGCCCAGCAGUAUGGAGUUCACCCCAUGCCCGGUGGAGGCACGUGUGGGCCAGGCCCUGGAGCUGCCUCUGAGGAUCAGCGGAGUCAUGCCCGGCGGAGCUGGUGAGGUGGUCACCCUGAGUGACUGCUCCCACUUUGACUUGGCGGUGGAGGUGGAGAACCAGGGUGUGUUCCAGCCACUCCCAGGGAGGCUGCCACCGGGCUCUGAGCACUGCAGCGGUGUCAGGGUGACAGCCGAGGCCCAAGGCUCCACCACGCUCCUGGUGAGCUACAAACACGGCCACGUCCACCUGAGUGCCAGGAUCACCAUCGCUGCCUACCUGCCCCUCAAGGCCGUGGAUCCCUCCUCUGUUGCCUUGGUAACCUUGGGCUCCUCAAAGGAGAUGCUGUUUGAAGGAGGUCCCAGACCCUGGAUCCUCGAGCCCUCUAAGUUCUUCCGGAAUAUUACCUCGGAGGACACUGACAGCAUCAGUGUGGAUCUCUUUGGUGGUCCUGCCUCCCGGAAUUACCAGCAACACUGGAUCCUUGUGACCUGCCUGGCCUUGGGUGAGCAGGUCAUCGCCCUCUCAGUGGGGAACAAGCCCAGCCUCACCAACCCCUUCCCUGCGGCGGAGCCUGCUGUGGUGAAGUUUGUCUGUGCCCUGCCGUCCAGGCUCACCCUUGCGCCUGUCUACACCAGCCCCCAGCUGGACCUGUCCUGUCCGCUGCUGCAGCAGAACAAGCAGGUGGUUCCAGUCUCCAGCCACCAUGACCCCCUGCUGGACCUGGCUGCCUAUGACCAGCAGGGCCGGCGAUUCGACAACUUCAGCUCUUUGAGCAUCCACUGGGAGUCCAGCAGGCCACUGCUGGCCAGCAUUGGGCUUGAUCCACCCAUGCGAUUGGUGUCCCAGGACGAUGGGAGCGGCCAAAAGAAGCUGCACGGUCUGCAGGCCAUUUCAGUCCAUGAGGCAUCGGGAACCACAGCCAUCACUGCCACCACGACGGGCUACCAGCAGUCCCACCUCAGCACAGCCAGCGUGAAGCAGCAGCACGGCCCUCUCGUGCCCAUGUCGGCCUCCAUAGAGCUCAUCCUGGUGGAGGAUGUGAGGGUGAGUCCAGGAGAGGUGACCAUCUACAACCACCCUGGCAUCCAGGUGGAGCUGAACGUCAGAGAAGGCUCCGGAUACUUCUUCCUCAACACGAGCACUGCAGACGUCAUCACGGUGGCCUACCAGGAGGCCAGGGGAGUCGCCAUGGUUCACCCUUUGCUCCCGGGCACAGCGACCGUCAUGAUCCACGACUUGUGCCUCACCUUCCCAGCCCCAGCAAAGGCCAUGGUUUACGUCUCAGACAUUCAGGAGCUGUACGUCCGCGUGGUUGACAAGGUGGAGAUUGGGAAGACAGUGAAGGCACACAUCCGCGUGCUGGACUUCUACAAGAAGCCUUUCCUGGCCAAAUACUUCCCGUUCAUGGACCUGAAGCUCCAAGCAGCCUCCCAGAUUGUCACGUUGGUGGCCCUCGAUGAAGCCCUCGACAGCUACACCGCCACGUUCCUCGUCCACGGCGUGGCCAUUGGCCAGACCAGUCUGACCGCAAGUGUAACUGAUAAAGCCCGCCAGAGAAUCAGCUCAGCCCCACAACAGAUCGAAGUCUUUCCCCCGUUCAGAUUGAUGCCCAGGAAGGUGACGCUGCUUAUCGGGGCCACGAUGCAGGUCACCUCCGAGGGCGGCCCCCAGCCUCAGUCCAACAUCCUUUUCUCCGUCAGCAACGAGAGCGCUGCGCUGGUGAGCAGCACCGGGCUGGUGCGGGGGCUGGCCGUUGGCAACGCCACCGUGUCUGGGCUCGUGCAGGCCGUGGAUGUGGAGACCGGCAAGGUGGUCACCGUCUCUCAGGAUCUCGUGGAGGUGGAGGUGCUGUUGCUCCAGGCGGUGAGGAUCCGUGUCCCUAUCACGCGGAUGAGGACAGGGACCCAGAUGCCUGUCUACGUCACUGGGAUCACCAACCACCAGAACCCUUUCUCCUUUGGCAAUGCUAUGCCAGGCCUGACCUUCCACUGGUCUGUCACCAAGCGGGAUAUCCUGGACCUCCGAGGGCGGCACCAUGAGGUGUCAAUCCGGCUCCCGUCACAGCACAACUUUGCCAUGGAUGUGCUGGGCCGGGUGAAAGGCCGCACUGGGCUGAGGGUGGUGGUCAAGGCUCUGGACCCCACGGCCGGGCAGCUGCGUGGCCUCGCCAAGGAGCUGUCUGACGAGAUCCAGAUCCAGGUAUUUGACAAGCUGCUACUGCUCAACCCCGGAAUAGAAGCAGAACAAAUCUUAAUGGCACCCAACUCAUUUAUGAAGCUCCAGACAAACAGGGAUGGUGCGGCCUCUCUGAGCUACCGUGUCCUGGAUGGGCCCGAGCAGGUUCCUGUCGUGCACAUUGAUGAGAAGGGCUUCCUGGUGUCAGGGUCUGUGAUGGGGACGUCCACAAUUGAAGUGACUGCACAAGAGCCUUUUGGGACCAACCAAACCAUCGUUGUUGGCGUAAAGGUGUCUCCUGUGUCUUACCUGAGGUUUUCCAUGAGCCCCGUCCUGCACACCCAGAACAAGGAGGCCCUGGCAGCCCUGCCUUUGGGGAUGACUGUGACCUUCACUGUGCACUUCCACGACAACUCUGGAGACGUCUUCCACGCUCACAAUUCAGUCCUCAACUUUGCCACUAACAGAGAUGACUUUGUGCAGAUUGGGAGGGGCUCCGCCAACAACACCUGCGUCGUCCGCACGGUCAGCGUAGGCCUGACGCUGCUCCGAGUGUGGGACACGGAGCACCUGGGCCUCUCCGACUUCGUUCCCCUGCCAGUCCAGCAGGCCAUCUCCCCAGAGCUGUCCGGAGCCUUGGUAGUGGGGGACGUGCUCUGUCUGGGCACUGUUCUGGUCAGCCUGGAAGGCCUCUCAGGAACCUGGAGCUCCUCGGCCCACAGCAUCCUCCACGUGGACCCCAAGACUGGCGUGGCUGUAGCCCAGGAUGCAGGAUCUGUGACGGUCUACUAUGAGGUCGCUGGGCACCUGAGGACAUAUAAGGAGGUGGUGGUCAGCGUCCCUCAGAAGAUCGUGGCCCGUCAGGUCCACCCCAUCCAGACCAGCUUCCAAGAGGCCACAGGCGCCAAAGUGAUUGUCACUGUGGGAGACGGAAGCUCUAACCUGCGUGGUGAGUGCUCCCCAGCCCAGAGGGAAGUCAUCAAGACCUUGCACCCAGAGUCCCUCCUGAGCUGCCAGCUGCAGUUCCAGCAGGCCGUCUCCGAUUUCCCAGCACGUGAUGUUCUCACCGUGGAGCCAGGCUUCGAUGCUGCUCUGGGCCAGUACCUCUGCUCGGUUGUCACGCGCAGGCUGACUGACAAGCAGCUGAAGCUCUUGAGCAUUCAGAAGACAGCUGUGGUGGUCACAGCCUCCCUCUCUGGCAGCCACUUCUCCACAGAGCAGGUCGGGGCCGAAGUGCCCUUCAGUCCAAGUCUCUACGCCGACCAGGCUGAAAUCCUUUUGAGCAACCAGUAUGCCAGCUCCGAGGUCAAGGUCUUCGGCACCCUGGAGGCCCUGGAGAGCUUGGAGGUGAAAUCCGGGUCCCCUGCCGUGCUGGUCUUCGAGAAGGAGAAGUCUUUCGGGCUUCCCAGCUUCAUCACAUACACGGUUGGGGUCUUAGACCCCACAGCCAGGAGCCAGGGCCCUCUGUCCACUGUCCUGACUUUCUCCAGCCCCACGACCAACCAGGCCAUCACCAUCCCGGUGACUGUGGCCUUCGUGAUGGAUCGCCGUGGACCUGGUCCUUACGGAGCCAGCCUCUUUCAGCACUUCCUGGAUUCCUACCAAGUCAUGUUCUUCACGCUCUUUGCCCUGCUGGCUGGGACGGCCGUCAUGAUCAUAGCCUACCACACAGUCUGUGCGCCCCGGGAGCUCAUGGUGCCUGCAGCCCUCACGGCCCGAGCCAGCCCUUGGCACAGCCCCCACUAUUUUGCUGCCUCCUCACCAGCAUCUCUCAACGCGCUGCCUCCUGCUCGCAAAGCCAGCCCGCCGUCUGGGCUGUGGAGCCCCGCCUACGCCUCCCACUAGCCCCAUAGGUGCUGGGACCGCCGGCAGCUCUGCAGGGACGGCCUGAGCCUCACCUGCUGCCCCUCUGGGACAGGGACACCCCUGCUGCAUUGAUGUUCUCGCUGGAGUGGGCCCCUCCAGGCCUGCACCCCGUCCCCAGGCCCACUUCCCCGCCCGUCUGUGCUGGUGGAGCUAGUGUCUAGGCCAUGCCCACUGGCGCAUGCAUAAAUGGAGGAGUUUUAAGUCUGUAUGGUUUUUUCCUCCCAAGUCUUGCGAAGCUGAGAGACUGGCUCAUUCCUGUCCGCAUGGUUGUCCAGGAUUUCUGGACAACGCUGUGUCUUUACUUUUCAGCCUCGCUGAAGUCCCUGCUCAAUACGCUGAGCAGUGACAGCUCUGGUCAGUCGUCUGCAGUUGACUUUGCUGCAGUGCUCUCAGGGAAAGGACUGCCUAAUUACUUUGGGAGGGAUGGCAUUUUUUUUUUUUUUCUGCUAUGAAAACUUACUUUUCCACUGGUCUGGAGGCUUCUAGGAAAUUUGGGGAGCAAAUGGACGUGAGUGCCCUGCGCCAGCCCCGCCACUACAGGGGAAGCCUCAGCAAGGCGAGAUGCCGGGAGAGCCCUGAGCUGACACAGGGCCACUUCCCCGCACGGGGCAGCUGUGAACAGAAUCCGCCUUCUGUGUUCCGUUGCUGCGUGAGCUGUCGCAACAUCUGGUCACCUUGGCUUCGUCCCCUCAGGGGUGUCCCGAGUGGGGGUCCCCUCUCUCUCCCUGUCCUGGCCUCUGCGUCAGCUCAGCGACAUGAGGACCAUCCCUAGGAGAACGUGCUUGAGGUGGUGGCAGGGAUCUCCCUUUCCAUGUGUGUGUUUUGAGAAGCCGCCACAUUCUGUGUCAACACAGACACCCAGUGUCAUUUGCUCGUCCUUUGUGUGUGACGCUCUAGCACCUCAGCGGACCCGACCGGUGCCUGCCUGUGUCAGCGGCUGCCUCUGCGGCGGCCACUUGCCGGGCCCAGGCCCCCAGGCAGCUUCCCAGCGUGGGCCGGCAGGCAGGGCGCUGGCGGUCUGGGGCCAGGGCAGGGCAGGCCACUCGUGAGACGCCUCUCCUAGCUCCUCGCAUAGAUCUGAGACUCAGGGACGCGGCCCCUGCUCCAGGCGGAGCCGCCGUGCCGCCCUCAGGGAGACCCAGAGACUCAGGCCCUGGAGCCGUCCACGUGCGGACACCGUGUGUAGAGGGUCCGGUCAGACUGAGGAUCACACUCGAAUCCACCCCAUCCAUCCUCCGGGCUGGCCACGCCACUGACUUGGCUGAGGCCGAAGGAAGGAAGAAGGUGCCUUGCGUCUCACUUGAGCGCAGACUGACAGCCUGGACGCACACCGGGGCCUUGCUGCUCGGUCUGUUUAAUAAAGCGCUGUGUCAUUUCUUGA